AUUCCAAUAAUUGAUUAUAUUUAGUUAUUCUGGCCUGUUACUUAAAUUGUGCACGCAAGGAAAUAAUGGAGUGUCUUAUGAAUAAUGCUGCAGAGACAAAAGCAAACAUUCAGUUCAGUUUCAGCUCUAAAGAGACGUAGGAUCCAUGCUGAUUUACAUAUUUGACGGGAAUGAUCUGACUGGCCACCGUGAGCUCGCUGCGUUCAUUGUGUCAGGCUGACAUCACAUGAGAACUGAAGCGCAGUGUGCAGAACUGACUGAGGAGCACGCAGCGCACUGGAGGACUCCACAUGACGAACCAGGUUUGAGGGUCGGACGGGACUCACAGCAGCUGGAUUUGUGUUCGAAUCAUGGGCAUGGACCGGCGGCGGAGAGCCUCGCUCGCGCUCACCUUGAACUUGCUCGCGCUGAUCCUCGCCAUAUGCGCUCUGACCACCAGCUACUGGUGCGAGGGCAACCGGAAAGUUGUCAAGCCCUUCUGUACCGGACCGGCGACCGUGAAACAGACGCACUGCAUUCGGUACAACAGCUCGAACAUCAACGACAGUCGGCUGGUUCAGUAUAUCUGGGAGACCGGCGAGGAUAAGUUUGUUCUGAGGAAGUUCCACACCGGCAUCUGGUUCUCCUGUGAGCAGAACGUCGACCUUGUCGGUGAGAAAUGCAGAAGCUUCAUAAACGUCGCUCCUCCCCAUGAGAGAGGUGUCUUGUGGCUCUGCAUCGUGGCCGAGUGUCUCUACAUCUUACUGCUGGCCACCGGAGGGAUCCUCAUGUCCAUAGAGGUCUGCCAUUUCGGAAACGUCAUCGAUGGACUCAAACUGAAUGCCUUUGCAGCCAUAUUCACAGUCUUGUCAGGUCUUCUCGGUAUGGUUGCACACAUGAUGUUCACAACAGCGUUCCAGCUGACCGUGAGUCUGGGUCCUGAGGACUGGAAACCACAGAACUGGGACUACAGCUGGUCUUAUAUCUUGGCUUGGAGCUCGUUCACCGCCUGCAUGGCGUCGUCCGUCACCACCAUAAACAGAUACACAAAGACUAUUCUGGAGUUCAAACACAAGCGAAAGAACAUCGAGAAGAACCUGAAGAUCAAGCAGAAGCUGCUGGACCUGGACUCUCCAGACCAGGUGUGGGACAUGUACAUCAGCUCCGUCCCCAGCACAGCCGAGGAGUUUCUGGACCUGUCCGCAUCCGGACGCAAGCUCUCCUCCAGCUCCGUCUUCCUGGACCUCAAUGAUCUGCCGGCUCCAGCACAGGGAGAAGAGUACUGCUGAAGACCGGCUCGCAUUCACACCACGGCUUUAAGCUUUGAUUCGAGGCGUUUCAAGGUUUCAUAACUGUGGCAUAAUGUUGCGUUUUUGUUGUGCUGUUGUUUGAAGGUGACGCUGUGAGUUUUAGUUUAUUAAUGUGCUGACAAUGUGUGCGUAAAACAUAUUCUGGAACCGGAACUGGGAUGAAUGAACCUUUUUCCUCAAUCUUAGAGAAUAUAAUGUGACACAAGCCAAUUUUGUUAAUCUAAACACUGAAAUCGCAUUAGAAACAUGCAUUAACAUUGCAAAAAAAUUCUCAAUAUUUCUGUCUUGUUUUUCAGUACAAAUAUCAAAACAUUCUUAAAUCAAGGAGAUGCAUUUACUGGAGAAGCAAAAUGACUGAAGAUAUU